CCCCAUCUUCAGUGAGCCUCCAGUUCCAGUUGCAGCUGCAGACAGCAGCAGCCGACGGACGAUGCGAGCAUUCCCGUUCGGGUGGGCAGCUAGCGAGCGAGUCAAGGCCUGCGAUCCUUGCCACACGAGAGCUGCGGCUGGACUCAGUGCACCCCACUCUUCCCCGCGAAGCAGCUGGGCGAACACUCAUGCAAAUUGCCAAGAUUCCCAAAGUGUUUACAGCAGCUGCUCUAGCUCCCCAGCUGUAGGAGAGAGCUUAGGCACUUGCUGUAACUGCAUCCCACUUGUCUGCAGUAACUAAUGAGCCCGUGUCCGAGGGCCGGAUAGAAUUCCGAUUACAGCUCUCUCUUUUGGGAAAUAGGACUUGUCUACAGGGAUCUGCGGUUUGAAUUGAGGGAGAAUCGGAAGAUUCCGUUCGAAGGCGAGGGAGCUGGGAGGGAUAUGGAGGACAGUCUGCUGGAGGACGCCGAAUCCGCAGCACCCGAAGCGCAUUUGCAGCAGGCGCAGCAGCAGCAGAAAGGGAACCGACAGUGGGCGAGGCCAGCGCAGCAGGCGCCAAUGCAGACGCUGUACGAGGGAUGCGCCGCGAGCAUGGGCCAGUGGAACAGCCUCGGCGAUCCGGAGUUCCUGAAUUACGCCCCGACGCUGAAUGCGGUUUCGGGGCUGGAGACGAUCGAGGGCGUCUCGUCGACGAUGGUCAUUCGGGCGGCAGCUGCAGCUGCACCGCUUCCGAGGUUCGCCGGGGCGACUUCGAAUCUCGGUGCCGGGGACGACAACCUCUCGGACCUCCAGACGAUCCAAGGCUUUUCGAACUGGAGCGCGGCCAAUUCGGGCGACCAGAAUCGAAUUAGCGGCGGCGGAUGGACAUUCGGUGGUUUGCAUCAGGCCGGAGCUGCUCCUGAAGAGAGCACGGCCAGCGAUGCACGCAACUCGGCACGGAGAGUGGGAAGAGCCGAUUCCAUGAGUUCUUACAGUUCGGCAGAUUCCACCUCCGAGCUCCAAGCUCCCUCUGGGCCCGGCGAAGAGGAAAAAUCCUCCGCAGUCGAAGAAUCCGCCAGUGCCGCGAAAAGAAAGAAAUUCCGAGGGGUGCGCCAGAGGGCCUGGGGAAAAUGGGCUGCCGAAAUUCGCCACCCGAAGAAAGCAACGCGCGUGUGGCUCGGCACCUACGACACUCCCGAGGAGGCUGCUAGAGCUUACGACAAAGCUGCCAUCGACUUCCGAGGUCAGCGUGCGAAGCUCAAUUUCCCGGAUUCCGUCGGCCCGGUGCCCGGCUCUGCUGCAGCAGCUCAAGCUGCAAAUGUGCCCCGACGAGUCCCCUCGCUUCCCUCGGACGCUCGAAAAGACUCCAUCUCCUCGCCCGCUGCGCCCAAGUCUGCUGCUGCGGCCCCGCCACAUGCCGCAACAGCCACUGUCAUCGCAGCAGCUGCCGCUGUCUCGGUACCGAUGCCUCCACAACAGGUGCAGCAGCAUCAGCAGCAGCAGCAGAUUGUCUACUCUUCGCAAUUUUCGAUAAAUACCGACGUAUGGUCGCGGGACGAGAACGACAUGAUCUCAGGAGGAAGCCAGUGGCCAUCUCUGACCUUGGACGUGAAUUGCGAUUGGCGAGGCUCGGAAGUACCAUCCGUCGCCACCAGCAGCUGGAGGACCCUGGCAGAGGAAGGUACGCUGGAAAAGGCUUCGACAUCCAUGAUUCCCGUGGUAGCUUCAGCAGCCAUGCAACUUACGCGACCCGAAUGGCAGCAGGCGGCGGGGGCCGGAGGAGCAGGAUUAGCUCAGAAUGCGCUCGAUCUCAUCCUGGCGCAACAGCUGCAGCAGCAGCAGCGACGUUCGGUGCUGGACAAUCCGAGCAUCGACUCGAGAUUUCAAAAUCUCACUGUACACGUCCAAGCGUCGCCAUUGGCACCGAAUCAGGCGAGUGAUCUGCUGCCAGCUGCGGUAGCAGCCGCAGCGGCUGCCGACGCCUCGUUCGAUCUGGAGAAUUUCAUCGAGGAAGCUGUGCAACGCCCUCUGAGCGACCACAUACCCACUUCCCAAUACAUGACAGCCGAACGCAACUUCAGCUCGGGACUCUUCUGGAAUUAUGAUCAGGACGCGCAGCAUCACGAUCAUCCACCCGCCUGAAGGUAGUUAGUUGCUGGCGAAACAUCAGACAGACGCAUCACGGCACGCACUUGGGGGCCCUCUUCUUCUCGAGCUAGAUUUCAGUGCCUUAAGUUGCAUUGGUGACUCAUCUCGCAUGGCAGCUGCAUGCAUUUGUUAACUGACAAAAGGUGCCCUAGCAGAUGCAUGAGUUGCAGUUUUUCAGGUGAAUUUGGAUGGCGCCAUAUGUACAUAAGGCCCUACUGUACUGUAUCAUCCACCAGUUUUCUCGAUCAACAACUUUUAGCCUUUCGACAAACGGCUUUGUUCAGCGCAUCAUGUGUCCUGCAGAUGUUUUUAUGGCCCCUCGGAUGAAAGUCAUGCCAUAAUAUCUCUGGAUCCGUUCAUCUUUUUCGUCGAAUGACUGAAUAGUCAGACACUUAAGCAUUACCAAUUUUUGCAGUUUUAUAGAUUUCGAGACACGAUAUUCCAACUUUUUUCUCGAUUGGACUGGCUCGAGCUUCUUAUAUUUAUACCACUACUGCUACUACUUCUCCUCGUCAUUGUGUGACAAAUCCUGGA